AUGGAAGAUCUGAAUAUAUUUGUGGAUGCUGAAAUCAAAAUACUCUCGAAGGAAAUCGAUGAUAGUUUAAGCCUGUACGACAUAUUCAACAACGGACGACCUCACGGAGGUAACCUCCAGAUAUCGUUUGAUCGGAAAAUUCUUGUUGGUACGGAAGGACAUGUUGCCUUUGAGGAUAGUAUGCUUGGUAAUAAUACGAAGUACCAGAGACGCGGCAAUCUGUCCGAUAUUACUUUAAAGAUUGCAAUAGAAUCGCAGUUGUUUCCAUCUACGAGUAGCAUUGUUGGACAAAUUGUAGAGUUCUUUGAAUCGUACAAACAGCCUGAAAUGGAUGUCGCUGCCCGUAUAGGAUCCACCUUCAUUUUCCGAACACCAGUGAGCAAAAGCCUCACGAAUAAUGUUUUCACGCAGCCAUUUGCCAUGGAAACGUGGAUCACAGUUGCGUUGACCAUCGUGCUGGGAGCCAUUGCCGUGAAGAUCAACUUCGUGGUAGAGGAACAGCUGGAGCGGGAUGGCGAGUACCACGAGCAUUAUUCUUUGUUUACCAUGUGUACGGAAUCGUUGGCCAACUUUUGCCAGGAAGGAUAUGAAUUCAUCAAUCGGAGCUCACCGGGUCGCCUGUCACAGAUGAUGCUUUUCGUUUGUUCGAUUGUGGUGUUCAACUAUUACAGUUCUGGCUUUUUCUCCAUUCUGAUGCAGGGACCACAGAUGUCCAAUAUUAGGACCUUGACACAGCUGGCUGAUAGUCAAAUGAUAAUUGGUGUUGAUGGCACCGUGGAGGCGGAGGAUUUCUUCAUGAGAUCGAAUCACUCUGACGUGCACAACUUAAUGGAGAAGAAACCUCUCGCUGAAAAUUUGCAUAUGAGUCCUAUUCAAGGCAUAGAAAAGGUCCGAGCUGCAACCCAUGCUUACCACUGUGAUAGAAUGGUUGCCUACAAUACCAUUCGCAAUUCGUAUGAUUUUAGCGAAAUGUGUGACCUUAACGAGAUUGAAGUGAUGCCCCCACAGUGGGUAGGAUUUCUAAUUAGGAAAGACUCUCCCUUCCGCAAGUUGUUUAACAUCAGACUAGCCCGGCUACGUGAAGUGGGAGUUUUCAAUCGGUUUGCCGAGUUGUGGAUUACCAAGAAACCCGAGUGUCUAGUUACAAGUGUGGUCUCUAGCGUCACUCUAGAGGGAGCGUCUCCCAUAUUUUUGCUGCUGAUGGCUGGCACCGUUGCUGCAUUCUUCGCAUUCGCUUUGGAGCGUGGGCUUUUCCACGCUAUCGGACGUCGUCUGGGGUCGAGUGUUUCAACGGUGUGA